AUGUCUGUAUCACGCUUCAAAUCAGGUGUAUACUUUACGUCGCCCGAAGAUGGCAACGAACAAGGUAAACGGCCUUCUCAAUCCUCUCAUUUCCCACUUCUCUCGGUCUCUAUCCACGUCAACAUCGAGAGCAACAUCUCUGCCUCGACUAUCACGCAAAAAUACACGAACCAAUCUUCCUCUCCAGCUGAGCAUACCAAAUACCUCUUUCCUAUCUACGACGGCUCCGCCGUCACGUCCUUCAAAUGUUGGAUCGGCAAAGACAAAUUGCUCGAAGGAGCCGUGAAGGCAAAACAGCAGGCUCGCAAGGAGUUCGCAGAAGCCAUCUCAAAACACAAAGCGGCAGUUCUCGUCGAAGAGCUGACCCCUGAGAUCUUCGAAGCGAAUCUCGGCAACAUUCCCAGCCAGACAGACGUGACUGUGGAGAUCACCCUAGCUACGCAGCUGAAGGGCGAUCAAACGACUAGCGCCACCACCUUGACCAUCCCCACGAGCGUGGCCCCAAGAUAUGGAUACCAACCAGCGGGGUAUACUCAUCCCGAGACCGCGAGUACAGCCGCGGUGGCAGGAGAUGAUGCGCUUCACAUUAACGUGCAGGUUUCCAUGCUUGAGCAAAUCAGGAAGAUCGAGUCUCAGACCCAUACGAUAUCGGUAACUAUAGGACCCGAGACCGGUGUCUUUGACCCCUGCAAAGCAAGCGCUUCUCUCGCUGGACGCUCCGCAGUCCUAGAGAAGGACUUUGUUCUUACAAUUCUGUCCAAUUCGAAGGAAUGGAUGGUGUCUCGAGCUAUAGCGGUGCCGCAGCCGGAUUCCAAUAAAUCGACUAUUGCACUGUCACUGAGCCCUGGUGACUUGUUCCGAAAGAAGUUCAGCCCCGAUAACUUCACUGGAGAAGUGAUUUUCGUGGCCGACCGCUCUGGGUCCAUGAAUAACGAGAUGCCCGCGCUGCGAGACGCAAUGAAUGUCUUUCUACGAAGCCUUCCAGAUCAGUGCUCGUUCAACAUCCUGUCGUUCGGAUCCCGGUUUUCUUAUCUGUGGGAAGCCGCCCAGCCGUAUAAUCAAGAGAUUCUCGACCAGGCUACUAGCCAUGUUGAUUCAUUUGAAGCUGACUUUGGUGGCACCAAGAUUCUGCGUGCAUUGGAAAGCAUCCCAAAAAACUUCAACAAGCGCGCCGACGUACCCACUAAUGUGAUUGUACUAACGGACGGAGAGACAUGGGACGUGGAGAAGGUGAUCGAGUUCGUCACAAGAACCGCAUCAGAUCCAGAGAUGAGCAUCCGGUUCUUUGCACUGGGCAUUGGAAACCAAGUCUCGCAUCGACUGGUCCAGGGCAUCGGCUUGCGCGGUGGUGGAAGUGCCGAGGUCAUCAGUGACACGAGGUCGUCUUUGGUCUGGCAGGGGAGGAUGAUUCAGAUGCUGAAGAAUGCGUUGACGCCAUCUCGCCUGCGGUGUUCGAUUAGCUUUGACGGAUUGGCGCAGAACGGUAACGGAUGGCUUCAGGCGCCUCAUUCGAUUCCACCUCUGAACGCCUUUUCCCAUCUCACGAUCUACUACGUGCUAGAUCGUGAAAUUGAGAAGAUACCAGACACUGUAACCAUAACAGCAGUCACAGAAGACGAAACAACUCUGACCGCACAGUUGGUCAUUCAUAGAAGCAACAUUUCAAGCACCCAUCACCUCGCCGCGAAGGCUUUCAUGAAUGACUACGAGACCGGUCAAAGCUGGCUUCAUGCAAAACAUGAAUCCCUUCUAGCAAGCGACCAGGAUGCGUUCAACCAGAUCCUUGAGCAUGAGGCCCAAGAAAUAGGCAUCAGAUGGUCCAUUCCUAGUAGAUGGACCAGUUAUGUUGCCGUCGACCGCACGUCUCAAGAAGACCAUGAAACAUCCCUUGAGGCAGCCGAGCGAGACGAAUCGCUUCAUAGUCUGGAAGAUGAAUCCGAUGAAGACAUGGGCUUUGGGCUGUACGACGGCACCUCACCUACUGCCUAUGGUUCCCCACAAUUUUGCCCUACCUCGCCAUCGUUCAGUGGUGGCGCUUCGCCCAACUUUGCUCCCUCGCCACCUUCCAGGACGAGAGGUGGCGGUGGAGCACGUCGAAUGUUGGACACAGGGACUCCGUCUUCUCCCCCGGCUGCCCCAAGCGUGAUGGGUUGUUUUGGGGGUGGACGGAUUGCCACAGGCGGUGCCAGGUCUGGUGGUGUAGACAGCCGAAUGAUGUUCACCCCAUCAUCACCUUCCUAUUCGCCUUCUUCCCCUCAAUAUAUGCCAACAAGCCCGGUUGGUGGUUUCAGCGGAUUCAGACCUAAAAAAGCAAAGAAAAGCAAGGUUGCAUCUCGAAAGUUGAGCGAACCAGCGGAAGAUAGCAAAGAGCCCUCAGAUCCUGAGCUCACUCUUUCCAAGGUUCUUUAUCUCCAAGCGGCGAAUGGAGAUAUGAGAGUUGAAGGCAGUGAUAUCGAAGCUUUACUUGUGGCGGAGUUUCAGCCGAAGGUUCUAGAGAAUAUGAGCAGUUUGCUGGCCUCUUUUUCGGUGAAACUCGACACCACAGAGCGAACCUUCUUGUUGAAUGUUUUGGCUGUUGUUUAUGUGGCCGUCAAAUGCGUGGAGUCGAAGGGGCUGUGGGAGAUGCAGAUCACAAAGGCACGAAGAUAUCUGAAAAAGCGACUGGACGAGGCCGCAGUUGGUAUAGACUCUAAAGCAUCAUUAGAACAGUUGGAGAGCAUGGGUCAACAAGGACUUGUGCAGAAGUGA